CUAAUCCUAAUCUAAAAGAUGAAAAAAUUGCUGCAGAGUUUGAUUGUGAUCGAAGUACUAUAUCAAAAAUUCUCAAGCAAAAAAAAUGGUCUGAGAUACAAGAAAUUUCACCAACAUCAAAUGUACUUAAAACAGCUAGUUCUAAAUUUUUCCAAGUUGAAAGAGCUCUUGAAAUGUAG